AUGGCCGCCAGAGGGAACAGCGACACGGGGGCUGCCAAUGCCCGUCCCAACGUUGGCGACAUCUUACUCGUAAUCCACGACUUCCAGGCGCGGAGUGCGGAUGAGCUCAGCCUUACCAAGGGCGAUCGCGUCGAACUUAUCGAGAGGGACGAUGAGUUUGGCGAUGGUUGGUUUCUGGGAAAGCACCUCCUGAAUGGCGGCACUGGCCUCUUCCCCGAGGUUUAUACUAGACCUGCACCCAGGGGCGUAAUAGUUCCAUCGAUUCCUCUCGCCGCCAACGUUUCGUCGAAAAAUGUUCCCUUCGCGACGACAGAACCAUCGAUAUCCGAAUCGAGCCCCCCAGCCGAGUUGGAUGUGUCAGCAAAGACACCCAGUCCGAAUGCUGUGACCAUCUCACCCCCGACUGCAGAGUCAACUCCCGUUCCCGCCAUCAUGUCACCGCAGCCCGUAGCGCCACCAGCAGCAACGAUGCCGCUCAGCUCCUUCAAGGUUGCAUCGGCGCCUCCGGGAAACUCGAACAAGAGUCUCCCUCCGCUUGGUCCCGCAGCUACUGGAUCUCACAUUUCUCCUCGCGCCGCCAGCUCCGGCCAGGAGAGUUAUGUGCUGUCGGAGACUCUUAACGUAAUUGACGAGCACAUUACAGAGACACUGCGCUCAACACCGAGCAAUGGGCAGCCAAACGCGGACUCGGGGAGCGAGUACAGUUCUAACAUCGACCAUCGUAUGUCAUACAUUCAGGGGGAAGAGACGGACGAGGAGGAAGAUGGAUCGUACACGCGCAGCGAAGUGAUGACAUGGUCGGCAGACCAAGUGGCAGAGCAUCUCUUCACUGCAGGUGUUGAGAAGCAUCAUUGCGAGGUAUUCAGGGAUCAAGAAAUCACGGGUGAAGUUUUGCUCGGUAUGGACCAAACGUCAAUUUUCAUCAAGGCGUUUGACCUUGGCUCUGUCGGGAGGCGGUUAAAAACAUGGCAGAAAAUUAAAGCCUUGUUGGAUGAGGUAAAUGGGCAGGCACAAACGACUCGCAGGACAACGCAGACACACGGAAGCGACGUUGGAUCGGACAGGGGCAGCCGGAGCAGGAGCAGGACGAACACAAUCACGAGCAACGCUCCAAUCACACGAUUUCCGACCAUCGACAGCAACACGUCAUCAAUGUUCAGUGGCGGUAAUAGGCGUAGAUCGGUCACGCAGGGCAGUCAAUUCGAGCCCGUCUCGCCCGUCUCGCCCGUGUCCCCCGUUAGGCCAAAUCACGAGAAGAGGCCGUCUGCUGCUUCGGUUAGAGACCUGCAUCAUUCGCGCCGCCAUUCUUCCACCGAUUUCCGCCUUACGGGAACCUCGAUACACACCCCCUCGGCCACGCCAAGGCUGCAGAAUAACAGUACCUACCCUCUGCCAGAGACGAAUUCGCAUAGGAAGCAACCAUCGUUUGAUCGUAACUGGACAUUAGGCAGUGCUACCGCGUCCACCGCCCAAGGCGCCCACACCGUUGGCCCGCGGCCGUUAUCCUCAGUCGGCUUCCCGAAUGAUUUUCUUGCAGCCACCAACCCGCACGACCAGGACUCGGCGGUCGACCUCGAUCGUGGCUACUUCUCAUCUACGGACGGCGAUGGGCGAAGGAGAAACGUGCUGAAGAAACGGGACAGCGUAAAGCACUCACGCGGCCACUCGAGAAACACAAGCUACGCUGAGGAGCAAAGGGUUCGAAGUGCCACAGCUCACUCACGACAUAGCCACUUUGGAAGUAUGGACUCGACGGCCCGCGAUAUCGGCACUUCGCCUGCUGCUCAAAAGUAUUAUAGCGCAUCAAGUGGUGCACAUCGCAGGACAGCCUCAACUAACACCACGGACUCGACGACCCGACCGAUCCACCCUGUGAAUGAUGGCCUUCCACCGACAGUUACGAAGUUGGAUGGGCAACAGCCACGAUCAUCGCCCAUAUCACCGACAUCGACAGGAAACAAGCAAGGAUCACAUGGAGACUGGCUAUCAAAACCCAGCUUUAGUUCCAGGAAUGGCGGCGGAUUCAAUUUCGGACUACGAGCCACUUCGGAGGCGGUUACGGGCCAGGAGCGCUCAAAAUUCGGUGCUGGCGACAGUCUCAAGGAUUCGCCAAUGAAUUCACCCGCCCGUACCGGCUCCAGUACGCCUUCGGCAGGCCCUUCGUUUGAGCUCGAUUCACCUACUUCAAAGAGCCCAAGCACCUCGGCAACAGCGCCAUCAACAAUGACUCCUACCCUUGUACCUCGACCAAAGAAAAAGAACAAAAAGGAAACCUCGGCAUAUCUUCGUGGGCUGCAGAAGAUGACACCUCGUGAGGCCAUGGCAGAUGCAGACUAUAGUGGAUGGAUGAAGAAGAAGAGCUCCAACCUGAUGACAACAUGGAAGCCAAGGCUGUUUGUGCUCAAGGGCAGGCGACUGGCUUAUUACUACUCCGAGGAUGACGAGCAGGAGAAGGGGCUUAUAGACAUCAGUUUCCAUCGUGUCCUACCAGCCGAUAAUGAGAGACUGACUGGGCUGCACGCAACCUUGACUGGCGCUUCGACAACGCCUACGAUACCAGCUGGCAGUCAGAUGUCAACAAUUGCAGCGACACAGGCGGAACUGGAUCCGACACGAGACGUUCCCGGACAAGAGAACCAAAUAUUCAUCUUUAAACUGGUUCCGCCCCGAUCAGGGCUGACCAAGGCUGUCAACUUUACGAAACCGAUGGUGCACUACUUUGCGGUUCCCAACGUCAAGCAGGGUAGGCUGUGGAUGGCAGCACUGAUGAAGGCCACCAUCGACCGAGACGAUAACCAACCGAUAACAACGACCUACCAGCAAAAGACUAUAUCGCUUGCCAAGGCCCAGCAAAUGAGACAUAGACCGCCAGCGCUCAUGAAUCUCGACGAGAAGGUCGAGUCUGGCGACGGCGCCACAAUAAGUGAUCAGGCGUCCACGACGACCGCAACCACAGCUAACACUGCGGAAGGCAUGUUAGCAAACGGCAACGGCGUUGGAGGUGGACUGGGGAUCGUGUUCGACGAGAAUGACAGCGGCGUCUCAGGAAUGGAGAAGAUGGGACUCCAGAAGGUCGAGAGUGCCCGCUCCCGAGGUUACCCAUUCGAUACGAGAGAUCCCAACAUGCCCCAGAGUGCUUAG